GGACUGCGCCUGUUCACGUGACAUGUUACAAAGUCACAUGACUGUCAAAUGUGUCACUGGAUUGCUAAAACAACCUGCUUCGGAAACUGUGUUAUGGCAAAUUGGACAAGUUUAAGUGUGUCCUCAAACGUAUAGGACAUGCUGGAGUUUCUGUCGGGGUCCUCUGAGAUAAAAUGGCGUCAUUAUUGCCAUCGCUUUUGCUAAUGGCCCUGGGCUUUCUCCCAGCCGUGACCCUCUCUGCAGGAAGUGGUAAAUGUGUGGCUAGAAGCUUUGGCCAUGACUCAGUGGUGUGUAAGUGUAAUUCAACCUACUGUGACAGUGUUGGGUCUGUCACCCUGCCUCCGCUGGGACAGUACUCCUCCUACCUGAGCAACAUGGCAGGCAGCAGACUGGAGCCAGGUCAGGGUCAGAUCCAGGUGAACAGCACUGGGCAAGGCCUCAGGUUGACUAUCACUUCUUACCAAAAAUACCAGAGGAUCAAGGGAUUUGGUGGAGCUAUGACGGAUGCGGCAGCCAUUAACAUCAUGUCCCUUUCUUCUGGUGCACAGGAGCAGCUGCUACGACAGUACUUCUCCAGUGAAGGUAUCGGCUACAGUGUGGUGCGCGUCCCCAUGGCGAGCUGCGACUUCUCCACCCAUCUGUACACCUAUGCUGACACACCUGAAGACUACAACCUGGACAAUUUUACUCUUCUCCCUGAGGACAUCAAUAUGAAGAUCCCUCUCCUGCAGCAUGCUCAGGCCUUGUCUCCUCAUCCCCUGUCUCUGCUGGCCAGUGCCUGGAGCGCCCCCGCUUGGAUGAAGACUAACGGUGCACUGACAGGAAAGGGCUCCCUAAAAGGCAAGCCUGGUGGCAAGGUGCAUAAAUCCUGGGCUCAGUACUAUAUCAGGUUCCUUGAGGAAUAUGCUAAAUAUAACUUGACCUUCUGGGCUUUGACCACAGGGAAUGAGCCCUCUGCAGGAGAGAUGACAAACUACAGUUUCCAGGCUCUGGGCUUCACUCCUGAGGAGCAGAGGGACUGGGUGGCUCUGGACCUAGGCCCUGCCCUUCACGCUUCAUCAUACCCACACACACACGUCCUCAUACUGGAUGACAACCGCCUACUGCUGCCUCACUGGGCUAAAGUGGUUCUAAGUGAUGUUCAUGCAGGAAGGUACAUUCAUGGCGUGGCAGUCCACUGGUACUUUGACAGUCUUGUCCCAGCUGAGAUAAGCCUGGGCACCACCCAUCAUCUGUACCCAGAUUAUUACCUGUUUGGCACAGAGGCCUGCGUUGGGUGGAACGCACUAGACAGAGGGGUGAAGCUGGGGAGCUGGAACAGAGCUGAACAGUAUGCACAUGACAUUAUAGAGGACUUAAAUCAUUAUGUGGUAGGCUGGACUGACUGGAACCUGGCCCUGGACCAGACUGGUGGGCCAAACUGGGUCAAAAACUUUGUGGACAGCCCUAUUAUUGUGGAUGCAAAGCAUGACAUCUUCUACAAGCAGCCAACUUUCUAUAGCAUGGCUCACUUCAGCAAGUUCCUGUGGGAGGGGUCUCAGAGAGUGGGUGUGUCUGCCUGUGGAGAAACACACCUGGAAUACUCUGCUUUCAUCAGGCCAGACAGCUCUGUAGUGCUCAUCAUACUCAACAGGUACUGAG